AUGGACCUCGAGCCAGAUUCGACGUCCAUCACCGUUGCGAGGGAGGUGGUGGCGGCGAGCAACGAGAGCCUGCCAUCACGAAGAAUAAUCGACAAUGCGAUCGACGGAGCAACCGAGAUCGCUGGUGGUGGCCGGCGGACGACGACCACUCGAGCCGCAACCCUGGCUCAGGAACGCGCGAAGCCUGUUGAGGAUGACGACACAGGGCUGCUCCUAACAAUGAGCAAGCAGAUCAAAGAGAUACACGCAGCGAUCGAGAUCAUGUUCGAGACGUGGAAGAAGUCGGAAACGUGGAACAAGAACGUUGAGGCAGAGCUUCGCGUGGUUACUUCGGAGCGGCAAACAGUUGAGAGCGAGCUACAGUCUGUCAAAGGAGAGCUACAAGCGAUGAGAGAACGCGUGGGGGACGAAAGCGCCAAGACGAACGAGAACCUUGAAGCAAUCUCGUUGGUGGCUGCGACGCGGAACAGCCCGAAGGGACCGAUACUUGCCCAAGCUCAAGCAUAA